AUGGACCGAUCAAGGCCAUUUGGCCGCUCCCAAGCAGAGGAGUACGAGCCCUUAAAUACAGACGACGCGGCCCUCGAAUCCUCCGUCAUACAGGAUGAUGACGGCCAUGAAAUCCCAUUCUCAUGGAUAGAGUACAGCAUAUUCGCCGUCCUCGGCGUAGCCAUGCUAUGGGCCUGGAACAUGUUCCUCGCCGCAGCCCCCUACUUCUCCGCCCGCUUCGCCGCCACGCCCUCCAUCAAAAAUACCUUCCAGUCCGCCAUCCUCACCGUCUCAACAAUCACCAACCUCUCCGUGCUCAUCGUCCUCAGCAACAUCCAAUACUCAGCCUCGUACCCCUUCCGCAUCAACCUCGCCCUCAUAAUCAACAGCAUCGUCUUCACGCUCCUCACAUGCUCCACGACGCUCUUCCUCAACGCCACACCCACAGCAUACUUCACCUUCCUCCUCAUAAUGGUGGGCUUCUCCUCCUGGGCAACGGGGCUUAUUCAAAACGGAGCAUUCGCUUUCGCAGCUAGCUUCGGAAGACCAGAGUACAUGCAGGCCCUCAUGGCAGGCCAAGGCAUAUCGGGAGUGCUCCCUGCCGUAGCGCAAGUCACUUCCGUGCUGUUAUUUCCACCAAACGAGAAAUCAAGGGACAUCGAGGAACCGGCAGGCGAAACAUCCGCAUUCUUCUACUUUCUCGCCGCGGUGGUGAUAUCCGUCGUUGCUCUUAUCACCUUGAUCCCUCUCGUCAGACGGCAUAAUCGCCGUGUAGAAAACAGAAUGGUAGAACACAUGGCCGAGUCGAUGAACAGCAUCGAGGAGGCGGAGCGGGCGGCUAGAAAGGUUACAUCACUGUGGACUUUGUUCCGCAAGUUGCGCUGGCUGGCAGUCGGCGUGGCCGUGACCUUUGCUGUGACCAUGUUCUUCCCCGUAUUUACCGCCAAGAUCCACUCGGUUCAGGAAGAUGCGGGGGCUAUCUUUCGGCCGACGGCGUUCAUUCCUCUUGGGUUCGUGUUUUGGAACUUGGGCGAUCUGGGGGGACGCAUUGCGACCAUGCUGCCUUUCACGUUGAAAGACAGGCCGUUUGUGCUAUUUCUGUGCUCGGUUGCACGAGUUGCCUUGCUGCCGUUGUAUCUUUUGUGUAACAUUGAUGGGCGGGGAGCCGUGGUGUCAAGUGACUUCUUCUAUUUGUUUGUUGUGCAGAUGAUUUUUGGCCUCACCAAUGGUUGGUUGGGCUCCAGCUUCAUGAUGGCUUCUGGAGAGUGGGUUGACGAGGGCGAACGGGAAGCGACAGGUGGAUUUAUGGGCUUGUGUCUGGUUGUAGGUCUCACGGCUGGUAGUCUGCUCAGUUUCACCAUUUCGGACAUAUAG